GCACGAACAUAAUCGUACUCGGCCGCGGUGUCCGAGUGGGAGCGCAGCGAGAGGGAGAGUGAAGCCGCUCCAUCGCCGGACUGCUUGAGCCCUAGCCGCCUCCACACAUCCUGAUCUAGGGGUUCUCGCCUCUCUCGUCCGCGGAUUUCUCUUCUCCUUUCCCACGAUCUCGUUGCUCGGGCGUAGAGAAGCGCACCAUGAACAUCUUCAAGAAGAAGACCUCUCCCAAGGAUGCUCUCAGGACGAGCAAAAGGGAAAUGGCAGUCGCCACAAGGGGUGUGGAACGCGAGAUCGCUUCGCUGCAGUUAGAGGAGAAAAAACUGGUUGCAGAGAUCAAGAAGACUGCACAAACUGGGAACGAGGCUGCCACCCGGAUCUUAGCUCGCCAACUCGUUCGUCUAAGGCAGCAAAUUACAAACUUGCAGGGAACUCGUGCACAAAUAAGAGGCAUAGCAACCCAUACUCAGGCUAUGUAUGCAAAUACAUCAUUAUCCACAGGAAUGAAAGGUGCAAGCAAAGCAAUGGCUGCUAUGAACAAGCAAAUGGAACCAGCGAAGCAGGCAAAAGUGAUGAAAGAAUUCCAGAAGCAAUCAUCACAAAUGGACAUGACGCUUGAGAUGAUGUCAGAGGCCAUUGAUGAAACAUUGGAUAAAGAUGAGGCAGAAGAGGAAACAGAAGAGCUCACAAACCAGGUGCUUGAUGAAAUUGGUGUCGAUGUUGCCUCACAGCUAUCUUCAGCUCCCAAAGGCCGGAUUGCAGUCAGCAGUAAGAAAGUUGAUACUGCCUCUAGGACUGUAGCUCCAAAGAAUCCUGAAGUUGAUGACCUAGAGAAGAGGUUGGCAUCUCUGCGUCGCAUUUGACAUGGCUACUAAAAAUCAUUCAAAUGUAAAGCUUGCUUGAAAAAGGGCUGUCCGAUGUUGUUGAUGGAAUUGAGGUAUCUAUCUAUUACAGUAGAUGUUGCAGUAUUGGUGCCAGCUGAUAGUGAUUUAGUUACCUUUACUUUUGAACCUAAAGAGAUGUAAUAAAAUGCAUAUUAUCAUAUAAGACACUGUUGAAAACUCUGGACAACUGGACUAUUUCUCAGUUUUUGUAUAUUGAUGAAUAAGGAAAUAGAGCUAUGAGGAUUAUACGAGUCCGAUGGCUGGA